AUGACAAAUGGAAGUGAUCUUAUUUCAAAAAUUCAUGCAAUGAUGGAAAAACAUAAAGAAUCAUUUUUUGUUGUUCGUUUACGUAAUCCAAUGUCAAAUCCUGCAACAUUAACCGAUACAGAUCCAUUAAUACAAUGUGAUUUAAUGGAAUCUCGUGAUGCAUUUUUAAAUUUUGCUCGUGAAAAACAUUGUGAAUUUUCUUCAUUAUGUCGUGCAAAAUAUUCAACAAUGGUUUCAUUAAUUGAAUUACAUUCAUCAACAGCCGAUAAAAUAUCUUAUACAUGUAAUUCAUGUCGACAAUUAUGGGAUAUUCGAUAUCAUUGUACAGAUAAUAAUGGAGUAGAAUAUGAUGAUGAAUCCAUCGAUGAUACUUCUUCUCUUGAUGAAUAUGAAAAUGAAGUUCAAAGUAUUGAACAUUUUUAUCAACGUUUCAAUCAACAAUACAAUGGUUGUCCAGUAUUUUUUAUGGGUUCUCUUCAAGAAGCUUGUCAAACAGCAUUCAAUGCAUCAACGAUUAAAGAUCGUCGACCAGUACUCGUCUAUAUACAUCAUGAUAAGAGUUCGUACAGUGAUACAUUCUUUUCAAACAUAUUCUGUUCAGACAGUAUUAUUGAAUGUUUACUUGAAAAUUAUAUUGUCUGGCCAUGGGAUAUCACAUAUGAAUCAAAUAGAAAUAUAUUGAAAAAAAUCUGGGAAGAAAUUUUUUCCGAUCAAUUUGCCAUUAUUUUUUCAUAUCAACGAUGUCCUAUGCUUAUUGGUAUCAUGCGAAGACCAGCAGGAAAAAAGGGUUGGUUAAUAUCAUCUGAAUACAAAGUUGAAUCCAUACUUGAAUGGAAUAUGUUAACACGUACUCAAGAGAAAUUAAAUCGUGAAACGUUAAAAAAUGAAUUGAUUAUUUUCAAGAAAGAGUUUGAUGAUAAUGAACAAAAUCUGUUUUUGUUAGGUUCUAUGAAUAGUUGUGACAAACACCGAAAGUCAUGCCUUCUUCCGACGUUAAUUAAACUUAUUACAAAUAUAACAAAUAUUCGACAUAUUCGUUUAAUUACUAAUAAACAUGGUCUUAAUCAAUUACUCUAUGAAGAUGAAUGGAAAAAUCUAGUAAAUAGUUGUCACAAUUUGAAAACAUUAACAUUUGAGAUGACUGAAAAUAUAUUACAAAAUAAUCAAUUAUCAGAAAAAUUACUGAAGAUUCAAAAUACAAUUCAUUAUUUCGGAAAAACAAUUAAAUUUCGAUUUAUCUGCGUUUAA